CAGUCGCGUUUUUCACGACCCGCCCGCGGUUGUUGUUUCAACAAAGUUUCCUCUAUUUUUCCAAAAAAAAAAAAGGAAAACCAAAUAAGUGUUUUUUGGAUUAGUUUAAACAAAAGUGUACUUAUCGCAUACACACACAUACCGGAGAAUUCGGACUGCCCGUUGAGGAAGUGUGGAAAACGGAAAAGCCGGCGAAAUAAAAAGGUUUUCCCUUCGCCAGCAUCCCGGUGAACCCAGCCCAAAGAACUUCCAACUGCCGCGCAUUAGAACGUAAUGACCUGUGAACUUUGAGUGGAGCAAGAAGGUCGUUCACGGAGCCAGCAAAGGAUAUAACAUUAGCCAGUUAGCCAAAUCGGUAUUAUAGAAAAUGUUUGACAUCACCUGGCUGCCCACCGCCUGCGGAUCGCUGGCUCCGGCCCUCAUCCCGCCGGCACACAUCGUCAUCCUGUGGUAUUUCUGGGAGAACUACGCCCGGUACGUGGACAGGCACUUCUGCACCUGCUCCUGCUGGGACACCGUGUUCAAGGGACCCUACGAGUCGGGCGUGGCCGCCUACAAGCACAUGUACUUCAAUGCCACGCCCAACAGCUUCAAGAUGUGGAUACUGACCGUCUUCGCCGUGAUUGCCCUGUACGAGUGCAUCAAGAGGCUAAUCGCCCUGAUCCUGCAGCAGCGCGUGCGGUACUCGAUGCUCCUGCUCUUCCUGCUCUCGAUAUUCUCGCACUACUACGCCUGGUGGGCGUAUAUCAACUACUACAACGACGACUACUACAAUCAGUGGAAUCACCAGCUCUUCUUCACGGUAACCGAGUUGUUCUCAACGGUGCUGGUGAUGCAUUUGGCCAACACCACCAACGUGGUCACGCCGAAGAAGGUCUUUUGCAUCGUUGGCAUCGCCCUGCUGCACAUUUUGGCCAGCAGCUUCGACCAGUUCUUCAUGAAUGUGGUGCGCGGCGAGGGAUACGCCCACCAGAUAGUCCGGGAUAUCGGGUUCAUGGUGCCCGAUCUGCUCCAGCUCUUCGUUCCCGUUUGGCUCCUCCGGCAGACCCGACGCGAGAGUUACACCACACGACCUUUUCACCGAGAUCGGAAACUCCAUCGGGAUAUUGUGAUGAUGCUGUGCCUGGUGUCGCUGCUCUUUGUCAUUUGUACGGUUUUGUGAGAGCGGAUCAUGCUGGACGCCUAUGAGGAGCGACACGGAAAGGUCGUGCCCAUGCAGGAUGCAGCGGUGCAGCUGCUGAAUCGCUACCGGAUGCUGGCCAGCGGAAAUGUGCACAACUAGAAAAGGUGAUUGCUUUUGGUACUGAUCGGAUGGAUUGUGGGUGGACAAUAGCGGCACUUACGGGGCAGUAAGUGCGGAAUAUCCUGUAUUCCUGUAGACAUUUUGUAUUUUCGUUUACCGUUUGUGAUAGUUUUUUCCGUUGAGCCGAAGUGCGUUGACGACGAGCAUAUCGAUAAGCGUAAUUAUCAACUAACCAUGGUACAUAAUCAAUACAACAAACUCUAAUCUUCCAUUUAGAACCGUUGACCGAUGUUAAGUGCAUUAUCAUACACCCAUAGUUGAACUUAGGUACAAUGUAGUGAAAUCCAGUCCUGGGCGUCCCAGAAUCAUACGUGUAGAAGGGUAUAGCCCCUAAUAUAUAGAUACAACGACAAACAGUUAUCACAGACAUGUGUAGAUUAUUUAUGGAACAACGAUGCGAAUACUUAAUAUUGAGUAUGGAUUGUGGAAGUGUGUGGAGACCCACCCAGUGUUAUAUUACCUUAACAAGUUACAUGUGACUUAGACUGUUGUUAGAUAAUAACAAUAUUAUACAUGUUCAUCAUGGCAAACCAAAAUAUUCCAGUACAUCUAGUAGUGAAACCACAAAAAAAACAGAAUAUAACAACAAAAAACCAAAACCGUAGUAAUCAAAAUUAGCGUUAUACUAUAUUGUUACGAUUAACUUUACAUGAAGGAAAUCA